AUGCUUAUUGUAUGGUUUUCAUCUUUUACAUUAUCAUCAGUUAAUGGUGAAAAAUCUAAUAUAAAAUGCUAUGCUUGCACAAAUAUCGAUACGAAAUCAUUUUUUGAUGAUGUACAAGCCUGGGAUCUGAAAAAUUGGCUUGAAACUACUCGUUUUGUUUCAAAAACUAAGCAAUGUGAAGACAAGUUCAAUGUCAAUGAUUUUUCAUUAUCCUGUAAUAAUGGUUUAUGUAUGAAGAUGUUAUAUACUUCUGAAAAUGGUAAAAUAUUUUCAUAA